GCGCCGUGCGUGUCGCGGGAGGAGGGGGUGGGAGGGAGGGGGUUGUGCUGUGAAUUCGGGCCGGGAAGAAAACAAACCGGUGGGACCGGCUCCGAGGGGGGACAGUUGCAGUAUCUCAAGAAGAAGGAGCAUUUGUGGAGUACCAAGUUCCAAUGGCAGAACUAUCUGCACACUUAUCACAAGUCCAGCGUGGGCAGCUGAGAGAGAACUUGCCUGACAACCAUCAGACCAAUACUGUGGCACCUCUGACCUGUGAUCUGUUUAAUGCUAAUCAGAAUGACAACGUUGAAAGACGGCGUAAUGAAAGCAGCGAUCGAAGAGGCAACGAUAAUCCCGGUUCAGCCUCUAACGGGCAGCCACAGCACAGCACUCGGCAAGUGGUGGAACAAGAUGAUGACGAUGACGAUGAAGAGCUGACGCUGAAAUACGGGGCAAAGCAUGUGAUUAUGCUGUUUGCACCAGUCACGCUUUGUAUGGUGGUAGUUGUUGCAACCAUCAAGUCUGUCAGCUUUUAUACGCGGAAGGAUGGACAGCUAUGGUGUGGGCAUACAGGCAUUACAGUGGAACCUUGGUUCUCGAACGGCUUAGUUGACGAACAAAUCAGCUCCCGAAUGCCAAAAUCCCGGAACAUCUACACCCCAUUCACGGAAGAUACAGAAACAGUUGGACAAAGGGCUCUGAAUUCUAUUCUCAAUGCUGCCAUUAUGAUUAGCGUCAUCAUUGUCAUGACCAUACUCCUGGUUGUGCUUUAUAAGUACAGGUGCUAUAAGGUGAUCCAUGGGUGGCUCAUCGUUUCUUCACUCUUCUUGCUUUUCUUUUUCUCAUUCAUUUACUUAGGGGAGGUUUUUAAGACUUACAACGUUGCCAUGGACUACUUUACCCUAGCGCUCAUGAUCUGGAACUUUGGAGUGGUGGGAAUGAUCUGCAUUCACUGGAAAGGCCCUCUCCGGCUCCAGCAAGCCUAUCUCAUUAUGAUAAGUGCUCUAAUGGCCCUGGUAUUUAUCAAAUACCUCCCUGAAUGGACUGCUUGGCUCAUCUUGGCAGUGAUUUCAGUGUACGAUCUGGUUGCUGUAUUGUGUCCUAAAGGACCUCUUCGUAUGCUAGUUGAAACCGCUCAAGAAAGAAAUGAGACUUUGUUCCCAGCACUCAUUUACUCAUCAACAAUGAUAUGGCUGGUGAACAUGGCUGAAGAAGAUCCUGAAUCUCAAAAGACAGCCACCAAAAACUCCACUUAUGAUAAACAAGUUCCAGCAAAUCAGAGCCAGAAUGCAAAUAGUGAGGCAGAUGAUGGAGGAUUCAAUCCGGAAUGGGUGCAGGAACAAGUUCGUAGAAUAGGGAAUCAAGAAUCAACCCCUGAAACACGACAACCUGUUCAGAAUCUUCCCAGUAGUUCACCAGCAAGUGAUGAAGACCCAGAGGAAAGGGGAGUUAAGCUUGGCCUAGGGGACUUCAUUUUCUACAGUGUCCUGGUCGGCAAAGCCUCGGCAACGGCCAGCGGAGACUGGAACACAACUCUAGCCUGUUUUGUAGCCAUUUUAAUUGGCCUGUGCCUUACCCUCUUGCUGCUUGCCAUUUUUAAAAAGGCCUUACCAGCUCUUCCAAUCUCUAUAACCUUUGGGCUCGUUUUCUAUUUUGCCACAGAUAACUUGGUGCAACCUUUUAUGGACCAGCUUGCGUCCCAUCAGUUGUAUAUCUAGCACACUCAGAGUUGAUCACCCAUGGACAUUUGUAACGACUGUAGCAAAUAUGGGAGGGAGCAAAGAUUUUUCCCUGUUUCUUAACUGCCGCUGUGCUGGGCACUACUGGUUUCUUCUCUUCUUUUUUCAAAAAAGGGUCUCUCAAUGAAAGGGUUAUAGCACAUUAAGUCUUCAGCAAACUUGAGUUAUACAUCUUUGAAAGGACCUUAUGUACAAGAUACCUAUGCUUUCACCAGCAACACUUCUGUUUAGCAUAGCGAUUCCACCUCCACCCCACUGCUGAAGAGUGCUGAGAAUUGUUGUGAUGCUAAAGAAAGGGAACUGGUAAAUCAAACUGAGAUAUCUGAACCAUUUGAAGUCAGCCUGACUCCAGAACAUCAACUCUUGCAUCCUGGCUUCCACUUUGGGUUACCUGGAGAACAGUAACUGGACUUUGGAUGAGAAGAUUUAUAUCUUGUCUAAAGGGAAAAAAAUCAUGCAAGUCAUUCUGUGUGUUUUGUGUUGAAUUAAAAAAUUCCUAAUUAUCAUUCUGGCACAAAACCCUGUGUGCAAAUUUGCACAUUUCCAGCAUUCUUUGGCACAAAACACACACUUUCUGAUUAUGCUGCCAAGUGUUCAUUGGAUUCCAUUUACAACAGGUUCGUCAUGAGAUCAGAGUUGGGGUCCUUGUUUUUGAGACAUUUUUAAUCCUAUAUUUCUCCCUGCCCCCCCAUAAAAAUAUGCUGAAUAUUUAAUGUCCUUUCAGCAUUGUAAUGAACAUUAUAAUCUAUAGAAGAAUGAGAGAUUUGAAAAGCUGUAGAAAAGCAAUGAAACACACUGCAACCAAAAACAUUUAUAGUUUUCUUUUCAACAGAGUAGUGAAUUUUGGAAUUCCAUCUUGUUUUCUCAGACUUUUUUUUAGCAUUUCUUGGGAUCAUUUAGUAAAAUAGGAUGUGUUUAUACUGUAAAAGUAAAAAAGAGUAAAUAUUUAUUUUAUAAGACUGAGGGCUGACACAUAACAUUUACCCCCACAGGACUGUUAUGUAGCAAACUCUGUGAAAGCAUACAUGUGAAAAAUACUACAUCUGAGCUGGUCACACAUAUGGGUUUUUCAGAGAAAGUCUAUAUGCAAAACAAGUUCAUCCUCUGGCCUACCCAUUGGAUAAUUCCAGAAAAAUUCUUGUGGUAACCACUUGUAGGGUAAUUUAAAAAACAAACUUGUAUUCUCCAUUGGGAAUCAUUCCAGAAGUACUCGUAUAGAAGUGUCUGUUAUGUCAGGGAAAAAAGACCUAAAACCUACACAAAGACUAUAUUGGCUAUGUUGGCUUUUUCUUCGAUUGCCUCGACUUGAGUGCCCUUGAGAAUGUCAGAUGCACCAGGCUGCAGUCUAGAAAGUAGAACAUCUCUAUUGAAAUGAGAUGUACCUACCUACCUAAUCCUGUAACACUGAACGGCUCACAAUUACCUAUUGAAUUCAAUUUGGAUAAACAUUAAUAAUGUGGAAAAACUCACUGUGGCUCUCAGGCUGAGAUAAGCCAGAGCAAGCUGUGUGAAUAACAGCUUUCUGUUUCCAAUAUUAUUUGAGGAAUAGGAUCUGAAAUGAACUACUGAUUGUCAGAUGAUAAGCUGUUGGUAUUUUUGUUUGUAUUUGUACAUUGUUCCUCACUUAAACGUUCAUCGGGGUGGGGGGAGACUGUCAGUAUGAUUCCUAUAGAAGGAGAUUGACAAAGUCUGAUACUACAGUUGAUACCCUGGAUCUACAUCUUAGCAGAGCAGUGCAGAGAGGUCAUCUUACAUGUGAUGUUUAUCUGCAGAAAGAAAGAAACCCUAGUCAGCGCCCGCAGAAACCAAUAGAAGUCUUUACAUGAAUUUCAGGAGGCCCUGAGAAACUUGCUUAGAAUUGACUCGCACUACUAGUUUUUGCACUGCUAAGAUCAAUUGCACCAAGUUUGUUAGGCCUCAGUGAAAUGGGAAACCUAUGUCUGUACAGCUUAGGACUAUGGUGGAAUGGGCUUCUGUGCAAAAAAAAAAAUCCCUCCAUUUAAAAAGACAACAUUCCUCUUUCUGACUUGCUAGUUGCUAACCUUCAAGUUAGAAAAUUCAAGAUGGAAAGUGUUUAUUAACUAGUGCAUCGAAUACAGUAAAUUUUAAAUGAACUAAACUAAGUGAUCUCUUUUGGUCUUGGCUUGCACCUAGGAAGUAAAAGUUGCACAAGAGUCUGAAACAAGAUCACUCACUAAUUGUAUCUUGUAAAAUAUUAAAAGAAUUGACUGCAUUGCUGCCAGUUUCUUAAUCAGUGGCAGCGACUAACAUUGUUUAGGUUUAGUAACCAAAAUCAAAACCUGGACACAAUAUAAUAUAAUAUAAUAUUCAUUUGGAAAGCUGUAACCCAGAAGAGGUUGCUAGGUACUAACAGCUUCUCAGGCAGGACUAAGUCAUUCAGUAAUUUAAAUUCACUUGAACACAUUAGAUUACAGUACCCUUCAAAAGACAAGACAACUGUAGUGUACUGUUUGGUUAGAUAUGAAUAUAGUUCCUUAUUGAACAGGCCAUCAAAUUUGACCUUAACACAGAAGUCGGUGUUCUAUUGCGAGCUCUGGUAUCUGCAAUAAUGCAUGGCUCUUUUAAGGCGGAUUGCUUGUAAACAGAAGUUUGAAAAUUCAAAGCAAGAGUUACAGGAGUACUACUGUGAAUGUGGAUUUUCUCUGUCUUUUCCAUAUAAUGGAAUUUAUUAAUAGAUUGACGACAGAAAUGGGGGAGGUGUCUGUAGCAUACAGUAUAGUAGCAUUUUAGAACGAGGCACGUAAGUUCAAGUGCCAUUUAGAAAUGUUGGGUUAAUGCAGUUUAUUCAACCUUGAUGGUUACCAAACUUUUAAGGGCUGUAGUAAGCUGAAAAUAGCUGAAUCUUCUCGAAGUACAAAGCACAUCCUGGAUGUCUUUGACUUGCAAGCUCUUGAUAUUACAGUAAGAGCAGUUGCUUUAUGGUGUAGUAAAAGAAACAAAUAAUUGGGGUACAUUACAGAGGAUGAUUAGAAUGAAGAACAUUUAAGGGUUUUUUGGUAAAUUGUUUUGGCAGCUAUGUGUAAAGGCCAUUAUCAAGAAAUCUACAGUACUUGCAUUUGUACAGUGGUGUGAUUUUUUUAAUCUCACAAUAUUGGUCUGUCAGUGGGAAUACUGGAAAUGGGGUAGAGUUGAAUUAUUUUACACUCUAGCUUUUUGUUUUUUUCCAAACACUGGUUUGUAUAUAACCUGAACUGAAUGUGAAUAAGUCUUUUUAAAACACGUUUCCAAUUAAGAUAUCAUUUUGAUAGGUUAUUGCAAUUUUCCCUGUAUUUAUCUGAUUAUUAAAAAUAAAGAAUGCAUGGAUCCUA